CUCCUUUGUAACCCAUUCCAUUUUCUACAAACCUUACCUUACCUUACCUGCGACUUCUAGCUGCGCUGUCCCCAUUAGAGUGUUUUUAGUUUUAACUGGUAUAUUACAAUUAUGUGGCAUUGGCUACAAAGAUCCAAUGGUACUUGGUAGAACUCUUGCAGAACUUUCAUUGAAGUAAAAUGGAGCAUUAGAGCUCUUACAGCAAAACCAGAGUCCUAGACUCCUAAUCCAGAGAAAGAGGCUCCUAAACCAGAGAGGAACCUCUCCUAACCAAUUUCUAACAACUUUUCUGAUCCUUUCUUCAACCCCUUCCUUCUUUCUUAUAACAGCAAUCCCUUUAAAUUAAGGAAUGACUAACUAACUCUUAUUCUCUAUUCAGCCCAUCCUUAGCCCAAUAUCCAGUAUCUUAUUAGUGCUGCUUUUGGGUUAGAUGUGCCCUAAUUGGCAAACCUUUUCCAGGAGUUCUGGAAGUAUUGUAACCCUCUCAUCAAUUUAUUCUCCUUUGACACUAAUUUGAAAUGUUGAGUUGGACAUGCCUCCAUGCAAUAGUGCCUCAGUAGAAUGUUAACAGCUCUAUUUUCGAUGUCAUUCGGUUAAAUUUUUUCUCUCAACCUGAUGGCCCUCUGAUGGGAAACGGUUCCUUUAAGUCCUCUUUAUUGAUUCCAGGUAUAAAAGAAGGAUUGUAUCUUGGUCCACCACAAAAAGAAAAGCUUCCCAAGAAUUCUCAACAAGGAUCUGUAUUGGUUGGGGCAAUUUCAUAUGGAAAACUAUCAUUUGCUGAUCAGGAUGAGCAAAAUAAUCCAGAAAAGCACCCUGCGUCAUGUCGGAUUUCUUAUGUAGUUCCUCCAAAUAAGGUCGACGAGGACAAGGGAAAAGGUUCUUCCUUAUCUACCAAAAAGAUUGUUUCUGAACGUAUAAAAGAAGAGGUAAGAGAUGCAAAAAUAAAAGUUCUGGGAACCCUAAAACAAGAAAGUGAUGAAGAAUGCUUGGAGUGGAAAGAGCUAGCUGCCUCGCUUAAAUUGGAAUAUCCAAAGUACACUCCAUUACUUGCAAAGAUUUUGGAAGCUUUAGUUUCUAAGAGUAAUAUCAAAGAUAAAAUCCAUUAUGAUGAAGAGGUGAUUGAUGCAGCAAAUGAGGUGAUUGACAGUAUUGACAGGGAAGAGUUGGCAAAAUUUUUUUCCCUAAAAAAUGACUCAGAAGAUGAGGAUGCAGAGAGUAUCAGGAAAAAGCUUGAGUCUACCCGAGACCAAUUAGCAGAGGCACUGUACCAAAAGGGGCUUGCUCUGGCAGAGAUUGAAACUUUAAAGUUGGCAGACUUGACUUGGUGUAUAUUGUCAAAGGAUUUGGCUGCAACCGAAGGUGAAAAUCAAGAUGUGAACAGUGAUCAAUCUUUAGAUGAUGGCAGUCAUCCAGACUUGUUUGAAGAGAAUUUUCAAGAACUGAGGAAAUGGGUUGAUGUAAAGUCAUCUAAAUAUGGAAUCCUCACAGUAACACGGGAGAGGCGUUCUCAAAGGCUUGGGACGGCAUUGAAGGUACUGUGUGACAUAAUUCAAGAUGAUGCAGAGAAUGCCAAGAAAUUCUAUGAACUAAAACUCUCAUUGCUUGAUGAGAUUGGAUGGAAACAUUUAGCUACAUAUGAGAGGCAGUGUGGAUGCUUGUACGUUUCCCUCCAUCUUUGCCCCUUUUCUAGCGCCUACCUAUUGGAACUAAGUUUGACAGCAAUGGCAGGACUGUGAAGCCAUGUCCUCUCCUUAAUAAUUUGUGAGGACAAACAUAUAACAUUAUUUUUCGAUCUUUUAAAUGUAGAACUGAAAUGUAUGACUUAUCCUUUCCUUCUUUUGCACAUCUUGACUUAGCUAUGGGUCAUGGUAUGUGGCAAAUGGCAACUUCGACAUUCAAGUGUAUUUUAAUCCUUCCGUGUGGCUGCCACAUCAAGAGAUUGUUAAUCUCCUUUACAUUUAGUAAGAGUAUUGAAUAAAGAUAGUUUUCUCUCGUUU